AUGGCUACCAUGGCGGAUGAGGAGAUUAAACUCUUUGAUCAGUGUCGCAUCUGUAUCGUGUGCUCGAAAGAUAUCCCCCUUGAUUCUGCAGAGCAGCUUGCAACCCUGAUCGGAGAAUACGGCGGUGAACCUUCUAUCCACCAGACCGGUCCCGAGAAAAGCGACACGAUUGAAUGUACCCAUAUUGUCUCAAGCAGUAUCGACUUCCCUACUUACGACCUUGCCUGCAAGGCCUUGGUACCUGUAGUGAAGCCAUCAUGGGUACACAAUUCACUUGAGAAACGGAAGAUGGCCAAUCCGCGCCAACACAGCCCCGAUCCGCGUCUUGUGCUGAGUGACGUGGUUGUGACUUGUGGCGACAUACCAGAGGGGGAUAAAGAUGCCAUUAUUGGCGGGGUGCUGGCUAAGGGCGGUUUGUACAGCCCUCGGAUAACGGGCAUGGUUACGCAUCUUGUGGAUCUGACAAUGGAGUCGGAUAAGGCCCGCCUUGUGCAGGCUAAAAGGCUACGUGUGAAAAUCGUCCUCCCACACUGGUUCGACGAUUGCCUUAAAAUCGGCCAGCGCAUCGAUGAGCGUCCAUAUAUGCUUCCUGAUCCCGAAAUCCUGCGUGCUGGUCCCGAUGUCCCGAUUCAACGUAAUGAAAACAAGAAUUUGGCAGGCGCAUCCACCCCGGAGCCGUCCGUAAUGCCUAUUCCACCGGCAGACCAGCCGAACGUUUUUAAUAGGAAAAUCAUUAUGCUCUCUCCAGAUUUGGGUAUUGGUUCGCAUCUCCUGGAAUCAAUCGAAGCCGUGCUUGAGCAAGGCGGUGCUACUGUGACUUCCAAGAUUGAGGAUGCCGACUGGUUGGUGUGUCGUUUCAGAGAGGGCUUUGUCUAUCGAACAGCGUCACGGCUGGAUAAAGUAGUUGGAAAUCUUGCUUGGCUCUACCAUUUGAUGACGUUCAACUCAUGGACCCGGCCAUUGAGCAGGCUACUUCAUUACCCCGUUUCUCGCACACCCAUUCCAGGAUUUGAAGGCCUCAAAAUCAGCUUAUCCAAUUAUGUGGGCGAAGCCAGAAUCUAUCUUGAGAAUCUGAUUGCUGCAGCAGGUGCUGAAUGCACAAAAACCUUAAAGCAGGAAAACACACACCUGAUCACUGCCCAUGGAACCAGUGAAAAAUGCAGUGCUGCCCGAGAAUGGGGUCUCCAUGUUGUUAACCACUUAUGGCUAGAAGAUAGCUACGCCGCAUGGCGACAAAAGUCGGUCUCCGACCCACGCUACAACCAUUUCCCUCCCCGCACGAACCUAGGCGAUGUUGCUGGCCAGAAAAUGCUGGACCGUGACGUCCUGGAGCAAAACUUUUUCUCUCAGGAUGACUCCAAGUCUUCAAGCCCACAACGCGCUAUGCAAACGAAGGAUCAGAACACGACGUCAAUGCAACCUCCGGCUCGAAAGCCUCGCAAGGGGAGUGACAAUGCUGAUGAGGCCACCCACGGCACCCCGCAGGCGAACAAUAAGAUCUCUGAUCGACUCUCGAAUAACAAGAAGAUACAAACUCCUGUCCGAUCCCGCAUGAUUCCCGACAAUAAGGAGAAUGACACCCCAUCUUCAACUAGCAGCCGUAAGUCAAAGGACGCGGCGACUGCUCGUUUACAUGAAAUCGCUCCCGACAUCGCUCUUUACGAAAAGGAGAAGAAACGAGUCGGUGGAGUCAUUUAUGGAGGCAGAAGAGUAUCCGACGAGGACCGAGUCACGCUGGAGAAUCCCAGGAAGCGUCGUUCAGCUGAGCCUCAAGAUGAAAGUGAUAGCGAUCAGGCCGCUGAAACCAAACGGCAAAAGAAAUCUCGACCACCAAUUUCGAUACGCCUAAUCAUUACUGGCUACCAGAAGUGGGUGGGCAAGGGCCAUGAAAAGAAAGAAGAUGCAGAUAAGCGACAUCUUCGAGAACUUGGCAUCAUGGUAGUCCAAGAUGCUCGCCGGUGCACACACCUGGCAGCACCAUCUAUUUUGCGCACACCGAAGUUCGUCAACGCACUUGCAUAUGCUCCAACAAUUGUAAGCACCGAUUUCAUCACAAGUUGCCUCAAGCAAGAUGAGCUUCUGGAUCCCAAAGACUUCCCGUUGGUGGACAAGGCAGCAGAAUCGAAAUUCAAGUUUUCUCUUGCGAAAUCCUCGGAAAGAGCAAAGAUGAACAAUAAUAUGCUCCUGCGUGGAUUCCGUGUCUACUGCGUUGAAGAUAUCCGUGGAGGAUUUGAGGCAUUCAAAUCUAUUGUUGAGGCCAACGGUGGAGAAUGCUUACUCUUUCGUGGUCGUCUUGCAUUGGCCAACCAUUCUCGGCGUGAGGAGAGUGACGAGGAGGAUAGUGAGGUGGAGGAUGCUCAAUCUAGCCGCAAUGAGGUGUUUCUUCUCAGCAGUGUUGAACCCAAACAUGCUCGGCUUUGGCCUCGCUUCCGUCAGGUGGCUGGAGAUGUCAAGCGGACUCCUCAUAUUGUUCGGGUGGACUGGUUGCUUGACAUGGCGAUGUCUCAGGAGCUGCGAGCCGCGGAGGAAUAUGAGUUGAACGAGAAUAUGAUCACGGAUGCAGAUGAGUAG